CUUAUCAGGUACGAAAUGGAACGUGUAUUUGGAGAUUAUAGAGAAAAAGGUGACAAAGAGGGAAAUAUUUCGAAGAGAAUCAGGCGAUGCAACGAUCACCUGUCAUUCCUUCUCAGGUUCAGGAAUAUAUUAAACGAAGCUUUUUCAUACUUAAUGUUGGCGUACAUAGCAGUGGUGGUGUUAAUCUUGUGUUUUGAGGUAUAUUUACUUUUUCAAAUGCAGAACAACUGGCAAACAGCAUAUACUUCAGUAACUGGUACGACUAUCCAAAUCACAGCAAAGAAAUACUUAUGUUGAUUGGGAAAAGCCAAAUCAGGGUUGUGUUUACUGCUGGAGGACUACUAGAUUUGGAUCUACCUACAGGAAUGGCGGCAAUCAAGACGAUGUUCUCUUAUAGCAUGUUCCUGCGGACUAUGACCAUGAUUGAAUAA